AUGGGUCCAAGUUCUGGUGAAGAGGCCCAGUUGGUUGUACUUGAUCAGAACUUUAUGAAAUGUUCGAAAAUUGAUUUAAUUACACUAAUAUCAAGAAUGUUAUCAUUCUUUAUUGAUAUCAACGAUUCGCAUAAUAUUCAUGGUAAUGUUACUAAUAAUAGGCUUAGCCCACUAUUCUUAACUAGAUUCCAUUCAAAAGUUCCGCCUAAUAUUUCUAUAUUUGACUAUCUCAUUAGAUUAACGAAGUAUUCAUCACUAGAGUCAAGUGUACUCAUCACCUCUGUAUAUUACAUUGAUUUACUCUCUAAUGUAUAUCCAGAGUUUUCUCUGAAUUCCUUGACUGUUCAUAGAUAUCUUUUAACUGCGACUACUAUUGCAAGCAAAGGUCUUUGUGACUCAUUCUGCACUAAUUCUCAUUAUGCCAAAGUUGGAGGCAUCCGAUGUAAUGAAUUAAAUGUAUUAGAAACAGAAUUUCUAGAAAGAGUACGAUAUAGAGUAAUUCCAAGAGAUAAUACAAUUAAGCUCUGCAAGUUAGAAUAUAAAUAUUCCCCAAUUGAAGACAUUAAUAAUGAUAUUCAUAUUCCUGAUGAGCUUCAAAAUAGUGGCUAUAAUGUGUUAAGUACGUAUUAUAAUAAAAUGGUACAGUUAGUUGGGAAUUGUAAAAGUUCGAAAAAUAGCUUUCGAAAUGUUAAUUAUAUAUUUUCUAUAAAUCAAGAUGAAAUUUAUAAUUCUAUGCCAGAACUUGAAAAACCGAACCAUAUUAUCCCGACCCAGCAGGCUAAUAAAAAUUUGAUACUAUCGCAUUAG